UGGGGGGAAAAUCACUUGUCGCAGAUCCAAUAUCCUAGAAUGUUCCUUUACUUCCAUUGUCAUUAUUUUUCUUUUUGAGGUAAAGAAUGUGUGGUGAAGGGGGGCAUUCCAAAUAAUUCUGUCCUAAAUUCCCUCCCCUAGAACACACCCUCCUCACACAAACACAUGCUCCUAAUUUCCCCUGAAUGCAUAAUAAUCCAGUGCUGGUGGGACACAGACCUGUCAGUGCACUCAGAGGUUGUAUUGGAAACGGGUAAAGAACUCUUGAGGACUCAGAGGGCUGCAGCGCCUGCUGCUGUCCCACACAGCUGGUUCUAUCAUUACUGAGAACCGCGAGGAUCAACAUAGACACCAGAGGGCCAACAUGCUUUUUCUCUUGCUUUUAAAGGACAUUUUUUAUUUUGAGAGGAGCUCACGCGAUAUAAAGUAUGUAUCACUUUUUGUGCCCUACACUUAUUGAGAGGCGUGUGAUGUUUGGGUUUCAAAGCAUUCCCGUUUGAGGUUCACCUAACCCAGGGUUGAUGGUAUGAGAGGAUAACCAAUGCCAGAUGUGUGGGAGAACAAUCUGACUGAUUUAAUUUGAAUGAAUAUCGACCUCUGCAAGCAAAGAGUAUUACUGAAAAAGGCAAGUUCAUGCUAAAUCUCUGAGCAAUAACUGGUUAGCUAAUCCCCAUAGCGGUCUGCAUGUUUAUGGGAGGUCGGAUAGAGACAUAGAGCCAAUUAAAGGCAGCUCAGUUCAGCUUCAAGUUCAGUUCCGAGUUCCAAGCUUUACCAACACAACAGGAGGCUCUUCCAGAAGGACUGGACAUGGCCACAGGGGUGUAUAUCUCAAAGUUCCUGGCCAUAGCCAUAGUGGUGUUGACUGUCUCAUGUAUUGGUGGAAUAAUUACAAUGAUUAUUGUGUAUGAGAAUGAAAGAAUCAAGACACAACCUACAGCACCACCAACACCUAAUUCCACUACUUCGUAUCCAACUGGACCACCACCCAACAUGAGACUCCCUGGAAACCUGAUUCCAGAGAGCUAUGACAUCGUACUACAGCCUCACCUCUACAUCGUGAUGAACAACACUACCAAUCAAUCUCUCGUCUUCACUGGAAACUCCACUGUGUAUUUUAGGUGUGUGGAGAACACCAAAACUAUCGUCCUUCACAGUAAAGAACAGAAUGUGACUGCUGUAAAGGUGACAGAUCUUGACAAGGGAAAGAUCAUCAAAGUUGAUAACACCAUACUGUAUAGUAAUGAAAGCAACUUCUUAGAGAUUGGACUAGACAGUGUUUUAGUCAAAGAUGGGAACUACAGUCUCUUUACUGCAUUUGAGGGGGAACUCCUUGAUGAUCUGGCUGGUUUUUACAUGAGUUCAUACAAAAAAGGGCCAAGCACAGAGGAUGACACUGAAAGGUGGUUUGGGAAUGAAACGAUCAUCGUCGAACUUGAUGAAAAAUUCAUCGCUACUAGCCAAAUGCAACCAACUGACGCCAGGAAAGUAUUUCCUUGUUUCGAUGAGCCAGCCAUGAAGGCUACAUUUAGAGUCUCUCUCAUCCAUAGGCCUGGCACAACAGCACUAGCAAAUGGGAAAAUUAUAGGUACAACCCUUGAGGAUAUCAAUGGAGAGACCUGGGAAGUCACUCGCUUUCAAACGACUAAGAAAAUGUCAACUUACCUCUUAGCUUUCACAGUGUCUGAUUUCGAUUCCAUAGGAUCUACACAUGAAAGAGUUGACAUUAAGACAUAUGCUCGACCGGAGGCCAUAAAAGCUGGACAGGCAAAGUAUGCUGCAAGUAUCACUGGAAAUAUACUGGCGUUCUAUGAGAGUCCUGGAGUAUUCAAAAUGAAUUAUCCUUUGAGCAAGCUAGAUCAAAUUGCUCUACCAGACUUCAGUGCAGGUGCCAUGGAGAAUUGGGGCUUGGUAACAUAUCGUGAGACAGCUCUGCUAUAUGAGGAAGGGGUGUCCUCCACAUCAAACAAAGAGUGGAUUGCCACAGUUAUUGCACAUGAGCUUGCCCAUCAGUGGUUUGGAAACCUGGUGACAAUGAAAUGGUGGAAUGACCUGUGGCUGAAUGAGGGAUUUGCAACAUAUAUAUCCUAUAUGGGAGUGGAUCAUAUUGAGCCAACAUGGAACAUAAAAGAUCUGAUUGUUCUAAAUGACAUCCAGACUGUAUUUCAAGUGGAUUCAUUGGCCUCCUCCCAUCCUCUAAGCUCUAAAGAGGAUGAUGUUCAAACAUCUAGUGACAUCACUCAGCUUUUUGAUUCCAUCACCUACAGCAAGGGGGCAGCUGUGCUGAGAAUGCUGGCAGAUUAUCUGGACGAGAGGGUCUUUCUGAAUGGCCUGAGAAAAUAUCUUCAGGCUUUCCAGUACAGCAAUACUGUACACAAAGACCUGUGGGAGUAUUUACAAGAGGCGGUGGACGAGGACAGCAGCCACAUUAAAGUUGCUGAAGUCAUGGACACUUGGACAAAGCAAAUGGGUUACCCAGUCAUCACCAUCAACACCACCAAUGGGGCAGUUUCUCAACAACAUUUCCUCCAAAAUCAAACAUCUGACUACGAUUUUGAAUGGCAUGUUCCAAUCAGAGUGAUGAAGGAAGGUGAACCAAUAAAAAUAGCUACACUGGAUAAAAAAGGUCAAGUGCUGAUGCCAGAUUUCCUGUCUGAAGAUGGCAAGUGGGUGCUUGCCAACAUAAACUGUAUGGGAUAUUUCAGAGUCAACUAUGAUCCAGUGAAUUGGGAUAGACUGCUCUCUCAGCUGGAAAUUAAUAUUCACGAAAUUCCAAUCAUCAACCGGGGACAGCUUAUUGAUGAUGCAUUCAAAUUGGCAAGGGCCAAACAUAUCAAUGUGACACUGGCUUUGAGAACUACCAAGUACCUCUGGAAUGACACAGAGUACAUACCAUGGGAAUCAGCACUGAGAAACCUGGACUAUUUCAUUCUCAUGUUUGAUCGCUCCGAGGUCUAUGGUCCAAUGCAGGCAUACUUAAGAAAGCAAGUUGGUGGCCUUUAUCAACAUUUUGAAAAUUUCACCAUAUUUUCUACAGUUCCAGAGAAGCAUUCUGCACAGUACAACCAGAUUAAUGCCAUUUCAGUCGCAUGCAGCAAUGACAUUCCAGAGUGCCAAGAAAUGGCAAAAAUGCUCUUUCACAACUGGAUGACAAACAAAACCAGCAAUCGUAUACACCCUAACCUGAAGGCCACCAUCUACUGCCAAGCUAUAGCUGCUGGGGGAGAGAAGGAAUGGGAAUUUGCUUGGGGCAAGUUUGAGAAUGCCACCACAGCCACAGAGAAAGACGAACUAAGAUAUGCCCUCUCAUGCACAAGGAAGAUCUGGCUCCUGAACAGAUACCUUGAGUACACUUUGAACCCUGACAAGAUAAGAAAAAUGGAUGCCGUUUCUACCAUCAGCUACAUAGCCAGGAAUGUGGCAGGACAAGCAAUAGCCUGGAAUUUUGUACGCGCAAACUGGAACUACAUCAGCUUGGAGUACGAAGAAGGGAUCAUGUCACUUGGCAACCUGAUUGAUGGAGUGACGCAGAGAUUUUCCACUGACUUUGAGCUUGAAGAGCUGUGGCAGUUCCUGACCGACCAUGAUGUAGAAGAACUGCAUUUGGCAAUCAGGGCCCUAGAGCAAGCCACUGAGAGAACUGAGGCCAACAUUAAAUGGGUGAAGGAAAACAAGCAGACUGUUUUGGAGUGGUUUAAAAAUGAGUCAAGGCGAGAGCAGCUGAACUGAGCUGAUAGGAUGAGAAACAGAUGGACCAGAGUGCCAUGAUUUUGAACACACCCUGUAUUUGACUUGAGUCUUGGGGUGUAUUAAUUAGUCAGAUUUUCAACGGAAACAUUUUACUGUUUACUCUAAGAAGCAAACGUAAUCAAACGUGGAGGGACCUACCUGAAUUUGUCCUUUAGAAACAGCAAUGGUUUCCGUUGCAUAAUGUUUUGCAACAGAAUCCAACUAAUAAAUACCUCCUUGAUUUCAUUCCAGUUAGAUCUGAAAACAGGUUUUAUACAAUCAACAUGCAAUAUAAUCCUAAAAUAAAUGUAUAUUUCAAUGUUUUUGUCACUUGUAAUUCAAUAAGAGGAGAAAUUCUAAUCAAUUUUAUUUAAACAAGUAACAUUCCACCAUUUCUUGUUUGAGACAAUUUUGUUUACACUGACAGUCACACCCAAAGAAAGCGCUUUCUCAGGUAGACAACUACAAUUAUUUCGUUAAACGACUAUCAAACUACACAAAACUAUAGCAAUAAAAUGUCUAACUGUAUGUAUUUGUAAAAAUAUGUAUUGUGUCCAAGCAUAUUUUUUAUUUACAUUAGUCAUUUAGCAGACACUCUUAUCCAGAGCAACUUACAGUAGUAGUGAGUGCAUACAUUUAUUUAAACAAAUAUAUAUUUUAAAAAAUGUAACUAAUUGAUUGAAGUUAGUUUGGUAGAAGGACUAGAUUGAGAAGGGCUAUUGUGUUUUUGAUCUAUUUUGGAGUAUGCAUGAUUUCAAAUCACCUACAAUAGUUGACUUAUUCUACUGUAGCCUAGAUCUACAGUAAGUGGCUACUUCACACAUUUACACAUGCAGAUAUUCUGAUCAGCAGGCAACCUUUACUACUCUACUAGUCAAAGCUAUAACUCCAUCCUUGCAUGAUCACUCUUACCCAAGUGAUGGUUUACAUUUUGGAUGACACAUAAUUGGAACAACAACACCAUCACAUAAAUUGCCAUUAGCUUUAUUACAAAGUUAUUACAAGGUUAGCUUUAUACAUGUGAUUUGUACCCUUCUACAGACAAUUAUGCAUUUUCAAUAGAGUGAUUAGUAGAGGGGGUAAAGCAUGUAUGAUGAUUACCAAAGAGAGGCUUUACACCCCUAUAUCAAAGGUACUCUGCAAUACCAAUAUUUGUCAGCGUCUUGUAGAGUCUAUAUUACAUGCAGAAUAAAA